UACAAUCCCAUUCUCAUGCUCAUAUAAAUAGCUCGCUAGGGUUUAUGCGCGGAGAUCUCGAGCUCGAGGCUGCCGCCGUCAGAGGAAAUCACAGGGUUUGAGGAGGAAGAGGAGGAGGAUGUCCCAUCGGAAGUUCGAGCACCCGAGGCAUGGAUCCCUUGGAUUUCUCCCGAGGAAGCGGGCUUCCCGCCACCGAGGAAAAGUGAAGUCCUUCCCUAAGGAUGACCCAACCAAGCCAUGCAAGCUUACAGCCUUCCUUGGGUACAAGGCUGGCAUGACCCAUAUCGUCCGUGAGGUGGAGAAGCCAGGGUCGAAGCUUCACAAGAAGGAGACAUGUGAGGCUGUCACAAUCAUUGAAACUCCUCCUUUGGUUGUCGUUGGAGUUGUCGGCUAUGUGAAGACUCCACGUGGCCUUCGCUCUCUCAACACAGUAUGGGCUCAGCAUCUGAGUGAGGAAGUCAGGAGGAGGUUCUAUAAGAACUGGUACAGAUCCAAGAAGAAGGCCUUCACCAAAUACUCGAAGAAAUACGAAACUGAGGAUGGGAAGAAGGAAAUCCAGACCCAGCUUGAGAAGAUAAAGAAAUAUGCUUCUGUUGUCCGUGUGCUGGCCCACACUCAGAUUAGGAAGAUGAAGGGUUUGAAGCAGAAGAAAGCCCAUUUAAUGGAAAUCCAAGUGAACGGAGGAACCAUCGCAGAGAAGGUAGACUAUGCCUACAGCUUCUUUGAGAAGCAAAUCCCAGUUGACGCGGUGUUCCAAAAAGACGAGAUGAUCGAUAUCAUCGGAGUGACAAAGGGUAAGGGUUACGAAGGAGUUGUCACUCGUUGGGGUGUCACUCGUCUGCCCCGAAAGACUCACAGAGGGCUCCGCAAAGUUGCUUGUAUCGGAGCUUGGCAUCCCGCUAGAGUUUCUUUCACUGUUGCUCGUGCUGGGCAGAACGGGUAUCAUCACCGUACUGAGAUGAACAAGAAGGUGUACAAGCUUGGAAAGGCUGGUGAUGAGUCUCAUACCGCUGUUACUGAGUUUGACAGGACUGAGAAGGAUAUCACUCCCAUGGGAGGAUUCCCUCAUUACGGUGUUGUCAAAGAUGACUACAUUUUGAUCAAGGGUUGCUGUGUUGGUCCCAAGAAGAGGGUUGUCACCCUUCGCCAGUCUCUCCUGAAGCAAACCUCUCGUCUGGCUCUCGAGGAAAUCAAGCUCAAGUUCAUCGAUACCUCGUCCAAGUUUGGCCAUGGACGUUUCCAAACCACCGAGGAGAAGCAGAAAUUCUAUGGAAGGCUCAAGGCUUAGAAAAUAUUAUUGGUUCAGUUUUUAUGGAUACUUUUCGCAUAGUAGUGUGGAGUAGAAUUUGUGGUGACUAUUAGUUGUGCCAUUUCAGUUUUUCAAUUUGUUGCUGGAUGAGGAUAUGCUAUUACAUUUUUGCUCUGCGCUCUCAAGUCUGUUUUAGUUGGGAAUCUUGAAAAAUUGAAUUUUUGCUGUUGUCUUAAAUUUUAAA